UGGACGGCUUGGUCAUAGCUCCCGCGUUCCGAAAGUCAACUUUGUCGUCCGAGAACAACGUCAUGGAAAUCCGAUAACAAUUCGAGAUGAGAGCAGUUUCUCACGAUCUACUGCGCAGCGCGACAAGAUGCGCAAGGCCGCGGGCAUUCAGGCAUAGACUAGCACGGGGCGCGGUGCGGUGGUCAUCGAGCGACUCGGAAGAGCGAAAAUGGUCGACGCCGCUCGCAAAGACGCUGGCGCAAGCGAUAGAGACUACCGGCCCUGUCUCAGUAGCCUCGUACAUGCGCCAAUGCCUCACCUCCGACCAGGGCGGAUACUACACGCGCCAAACCUCCGGGCACGAUCAAUUCGGCACGAAAGGGGACUUCAUAACGUCGCCCGAGAUCAGCCAAGUCUUCGGUGAAUUGGUGGGCAUAUGGCUAUAUACAGAGUGGAUGGCCCAGGGCCGGAAAAAGAAGGUCCAAAUUAUAGAAGUAGGCCCUGGAAGAGGGACAUUGAUGGACGAUGUAUUGAGGACAAUCUCUAGCUUCAAGCCGUUCGCGCAGAGUGUCGAAGCUAUCUACAUGAUUGAGGCUUCUGACGAUCUGCGCAAACAGCAGGCCAAGCGGUUGUCCGGGACAGAUGCGCCAGAGGAGUUCGAACUGGGAUGGAGAGCACCGUGCAAGUAUAUGCCGGAUUGCAUUGUCAAUUGGUGCGAGGACAUCAGAUUCGUGCCCAAAGAAGAAACAUCCACCCCCUUCAUCCUGGCCCACGAAUUCUUCGACGCCCUUCCCAUUCACGUCUUCCAAAACGUCGCGAACUCCACCCUCCCUGCCGCCUCCAAAACAAUCACCCCAGACGGCCCCCUGUCACCAAGGACCGGCCCGCAAGCCCCCAAAAACCAAUGGCACGAGCUCGUCGUCGCGCCCAUCCACGAGUCACAGGUGUCCCAAGCCCAGACCAGCGAGGACGGCUCACCACACCCGGAAUUCCACCUCACGCUCUCGAAAUCGCCCACCCCGCACAGCCUCUACCUCCCGCAGACCUCGGACAGGUACAAAGCACUGCAAAACACCACCGACGCCAUCAUAGAAAUAUCCCCGGAGUCGCUCUCCUAUAUCGCAGACUUCGCCGUGCGCAUCGGCGGCGCGAAUCCCCCUUCUCCUUCCUCUCAAAAUCAAACCCAACCGCCCAUCCCAUCCACCGCCUCCAUAUCUCCAAAGUCCCAACCCCUCCCCGAACCCUUCCAGAAGCCAGCCCCAUCCGGCGCCGCCCUCAUCCUCGACUACGGUCCCCAAUCCACCAUCCCCGCCAACACGCUCCGCGGGAUCCGCUCGCACCGCGCCGUCUCGCCUUUCGUCUCCGCUGGCCUCGUCGACAUUAGCGCAGACGUAGAUUUCGUUGCGCUCGCGGAAGCCGCACUCGACGCCUCGCCCGGCGUCGAAGUCCACGGGCCUGUCGAACAAGCCUACUUCUUGUCGAGCCUGGGGAUUAUGGAGCGCGCGGAGCGAUUACUGAAGGCUGCCGGGGAUGAGGAGGUCAGGACGAGGCUGGAGGGCGCGGUGAAGAGGCUGGUGGAUAGAGGGCCGACGGGGAUGGGCAGGAUUUACAAGGCCAUGGCUGUGGUGCCGUUUAUUGAAGGGGGACGGGUGAGGAGGCCGGUGGGGUUUGGGGGUGGGGUGUUUCAGUGA